AUGGCACUUGUUGAACUUCCCACAACCCCAAAAAGAGCCAUUUCACGAAUCUUCGCCCCAUCAAAUACCUCAUCCCCAAUGUCCUCAUUAUCCAAUCAUUUCCCUACUCCUCCAUCAACAUCGUCUUCGCGAACGAUGUCCGAAUCCAUGAUGGAUGAAAAUAUGGAAGUUGCAGGGGCCAUGAUCACUAAAUGGGAUGUCCAAGGUUCCACCGUCGAGAAAUUCACCUCGCUCUUCCACGAAAACCGGAAAGAAGCCAAGGAAUUCAUCAAGUGCGUGAAUGACUUGCGCAGGGCGAUGCAUUUCUUCGUUUCGCAACGUUCUGCGGCUUCUUCAAAACUCGUGCCGGCUCAGAACUUGAUGAAAAUGGCGAUGCAGAGACUCGAGCACGAGUUCUACCAGAUUCUGUCUGCGAACAAGGCAUAUUUGGAUCCCGAAUCAGUUUCCAGCCAUUCUUCUCGCCUCUCUUCCACCUCAAACGAUGAAAUUGAGGAUUUUAGCUCUGAUAAUGAGAUUCAGAGAGUUGGGGAAGCCAUAUCUGAGGUGGAAAGGCUUUCAGUGUUGGCCAUGUCUGAUUUAAGGAUGAUUGCUGAUUGCAUGAUUCGGUCUGGUUACAGCAAAGAAUGUAUAAAUAUCUACAAACUUAUCAGAAAAUCAAUUGUAGAUGAAGGGCUGUAUCGGCUUGGUAUUGAGCGUUACAGUUCAUCCCAGAUCAGCAAAAUGAAUGCAAGUGAUCUGGAGCGUCAGAUCAAGACGUGGCUGCGUGGCGUAAAAAUCGCUGUCAAAACUCUGCUUCACGGAGAGAGACUUCUCUGUGAUUAUGUAUUUUCAACCUCCGAGACAAUAAGAGAAUCAUGCUUUGCUAAUAUAGCAAAAGAAGGUGCUACAAACCUGUUCAGGUUCCCAGAACUGGUUGUGAAAAGUAAAAGAUUGCCUGAAAAGGUUUACCUGCUUAUGGACUUGCACGAAGCUCUCUCUGAUGUCUAUCCGGAAAUUGAAUCAGUCUUUUCAAAUCAGUCAGUGUCCUCUGUCAAAUUGCAAGCUCUUUCUUCCAUCCACAAGCUUGGUGAUGCAGUCCAGUCAAUUAUAGCCGAAUUCGAGUCAUCGGUUCAAAAGAACUCAUCCAGAUUCCUUGUUCCUGGUGGUGCAAUCCAUCCACUGACCAUUUCUGUAAUGGAUUAUGUGUCUAAACUUGCCAACUACAGUGGCGUUUUGUCCGGCAUCAUCGGGGAUUCAACAUCAGCAACACAACUGCAGUUUCCCGAAUCCUACUUUGAGAGUCCAGUGGCUAAUGACACUCCAACUUCAGCUGUGUCUGUUCGACUUGCCUGGAUCAUCCUUGUCCUGCUCUGCAAACUUGAUACCAAAGCUGAGUACUACAAUGACAUUGCUUUGACAUAUCUUUUCUUAGCAAACAAUCUCCGGUUUGUUCUUGAAAAGGUCCACAACACAGCUCUCAAGUUCAUUCUAGGAAACGACUGGAUGGCAAAGCUUGAAAGAAAGAUUAAAGUGUUUGCAAUCAACUAUGAAAUGAUGGCUUGGGGAAAUGUGCUUGGCUGCCUGCCUGAAAAUUCACAAGAUGAGAUGUCACCUGAUACCGUAAAGGCGUAUUUCCGGUCAUUCAAUGCAGCCUUAGACGAGGCAUACCGGAAACAAGUGUCCUGGGUGGUUCCUGAUCGGAAGUUACGAGAUGAAAUCAAACUGUCCAUAGCCCGGAAAUUGGUGCCAGCAUAUGCGGAAUUCUAUAACAUUCAUAUUGAAACACUCAAGGGGGAGAGCAGCUUAGAAGUGCUGGUGAGGUUUUCACCAGAUAACUUGGGAAAUUACCUGUCAGACAUACUUCAUGGAACUGAUGUUUCAGAGAGUUCAUCACCAUCAUCAAGUUCCCGAGCAAUAAGAUGUCUCAUAUGA